UUGAUUGCAAGUGCGGAAAUGCUGCGAGCAAUGUUCAUUUACAUGCAACUAAAUCAGUCGUGACAAAAAUCAGCUAUUGUACGUAAAAUAUAAAACUGGGUAGCGUGACAGACUUUUUUUUUUCGUUCUAUGGAUUUCCUUGAGCUUCUGUCAUGGUGCUGCAUUGUGUUUACGGUCGGGAUGUUCUUGACUGGACUGACCGACCUGAAGAAGAUGCUAGAGUCCCAAAGUGCUGACAAUAUCCAGUUUCUCCCUUUCCUCACCACCUGUCUUAAUAACCUCGGCUGGUUGUAUUACGGCAUACUGAAGGGAGAUCAGACGAUUCUCUCUGUCAACAUUAUUGGAGCUCUCCUCCAGUUCCUCUACAUUAUCAUGUACAUCCGCUACACAAAACAAAAGAGGCUGGUGAUUUCCGAGACUCUUGCAGCAGGGACGGUGCUGCUCUGUGCCUGGUUCUACUUCACCAUGAUUCUUUCUAAGGGAGAUGCUCAGCUCAGCCAGCUGGGCCUAACCUGCAGCGUGUUCACUGUCAGCAUGUACCUGUCACCGGUCACUGAUCUGGUGGGGAUAGUGCGUAGUGGUAAUGUGCAGUGCUUGUCCUUCCCCCUGACUGUAGCCACCUUCUUCUGUUCAACCUCCUGGGUCCUCUACGGCCACCAGCUGAGCGACUACUAUGUUAUGGUUCCAAACAUGCCUGGAAUCUUUACCAGCAUCAUUCGUUUUUAUGUGUUUUGGAAAUUCAGGGCUGUCAAUCAAAGCCUGCCUUCUUAUAAGUCUAUGCACAUAUGAGGAUAUGAGGGCAAAAGAAAGAGAUGACAGAUUUAGACUGCAAAUUUCAAAUUCUCCCAUCACUUAUAUUUUUUUUAAUAGAGGAAAACAGUUAUGUGACAAACUAUGACACCACUUGCUCUAUAAAGCAGAGAUAAUGUCUUAAGUUUGUUGACUUAGUUUUCUCAGUUAAGACACCAAGUUAUGUCUUUAAAACAGUUUUUUCCUACCGCUAUUUGUUAAACUAGGGACCUGUGUUUUCCUCUUUGCAUCCUUCGAUUGCCUUCUGUUAGAUCAUGUGUGCCAUUGAAUAUCAAUGGCAUUUACUGAUCUACCAACAUGUCAGGAAACUUGCUACAAUUCACAAUCCAGUGAACUGGAUUGAAAGGGCCUCGCCUCAAACUAGCCAAAGUUUUUUUGGGAUUGUAAUAUGUGGGCUGCUGUUUUACUGUUACAUCCAGAUGGGUUACAAAUUAAAGGAAAAACCUGAAUAAAUGAGUGGUCUGUUCCCAGAUGACAGUGUCAUUAGGCAUGAACAGUCACUGAAUGUUUGAUCACUGACUGUAAAAAUGAUGGACAAACUAAGCGCUCCAAGAAGUGAAGUGAACUUGAUCACUCCCUGGUGGUUGGAUGCAGUAUUGGACAUAAAUCCCGCCUCCUCCAUGUUAGUGGAUGGCACAUGAGCCAAUUUUAUAAACUCAAAGUACAAAUCAAAUACAUUUUCCUUAGAGGUUUUAGCUGUCGUUUUUGGUGGGUCUUGUCAUGCAGAUGUGUGUACAAGUGGUCAUUUUUCUGGUAAGAUUGCUCUUAAUAAUUUUAUUUGAUUAUAUAAAA